CGAACGUAAGAGUGUACACAUAAAUUAAAUGCCGAUCUGUAACUCGUACAAAUCCCGGAUAAGGAAAAGAGCAACAGAAAAAAGAGAUAUGGUAUGAAUGUGUCCUGUUUGAAGGUCAAAACGUUCCCUGGCUUGUACUAACGUGGCAUAACAUCGGCGUGUUACACAAGGAUGUUUAAUUGAGUGUUAGUCGCCAUUGACUAUGUGUGAUGGACUAAAACAUGGAUUCUCGUGGAAAGUAAAGACGAUAUACUUGUGAUUUCUACUUACGGUGUUGAUUUAUUAUCUUAGUUACUGGCGUUUACAUGCACAAGCCAGCUAGAUAUGACGAGGAAGUAAAUUCAUGGUGAUAAAAAGGCACGAGGCCGCUACCGCUGUAUGUAUCGACUCCCAAUGAUUUGAACACGAAAGGAGGAAGUAGAAUUGCUUGCUGGAGAUUAUGCUAUGGGUGGCCAUCGUAGACGGCAGGGCCGAUGUCUUCAACGGGAUUAUGGCGGCCCACAUUUUUCCGUCGCUCGCCGAUGUGUUAACGGACUCGCUGACAGCCGAAGAUUUUGGACCCCUGGACCUGUCCUUAGGCAAUAUGGCGGGCACUGGCUCUGACGGGCGCGGUUUGGACGAGAGUGACUUCCUCAAUCCUUCAGCACUCUCCGAUCCUGAAGACUCCAGUAUAUACGAGCUGUCACAGCCCUCCGACCUUCUGGUCCACUUCCCUAUGUGGUCAGUCUCCCAGCCCCUCGUGAAUUGUGACGGCACCAAUGAACUCGGACAAGUUCAGUACGAAGUAGAGGUACCGACCGACGGGUCACUGACGUCAUACCCCCACAGCCCCGGAUCAACGGGAGAUCACUCGGACUAUAGCUCAGAUUCUUCUGGCGCCGAUUUGAAUCAUCGACAAGGAAUGAUUGCUCUUCAGCGCAUGGGCCACUCUCAUCGCGACCCCGCCCUAUCAGAAAUAGAAGUAAAAUCCGAACCCAACACGGGUCUUCCGGAUCCAUCAAUCUUGCCGUCCAAGUACUAUGAAGAUGAAGAUGACGUCAUGAGUGAGACGGACAGUGACGAACAUUCCAGUAGUUCGGAGAAAAAGAAGCGCCCUGGACGGAAGAAGGGACAAACGUCCAGUGUCUAUCAUCUGUGGGAGUUUAUCCGCGAUCUUUUGCACGACGAGCGGUACUGUCCGCGGAUUAUAAAAUGGGAAUCGGAAGAGGAAGGGAUUUUCCGGGUCGUCAAGUCGGAUGAAGUGGCCAAACAAUGGGGCAGCAAGAAAAACAACCGGUCCAAAAUGACCUACGAAAAACUCAGUCGUUCACUCAGAUAUUCAAGAAAAGAAGGCUACUUUGCAGAUAUUCCAAAAGACAGAGGCCUGCCAAAGAAACUGUGUUUUAAAUUUGGACCAAAAGCACACGGCUGGCAUAAGAACUCACUGUAGUGAUCUGAGUUGAUAUUUCAGAGGCUGAAUAAUACAGCAACUGUUGCACUGAUUAAGUGCAACAUCUGGCAGCAAAAUGAGACUUCCGUGCGAGAGAAGCUGCUGAGUGACCCCGAUUUCUUUAAUCUCAUUCAUGUUCACAGCUGACCCUAUUGUUAUAUGCGUGUAUAUAUAUAUCUUCUUCUCACACCACAAAUACCUGUACAUACACGUACUAACGGCCGGUGUCUGACAUUCUGCAUCCCAGAGAGAGAGAGAGAGAGAGGUAGAGAGAGAGAGAGAGAGAGAGAGAGAGAGAGAGAGAGAGAGAGAGAGAGAGAGAGAGAGAGAGAGAGAGAGGUAAACUUGUAACUGAUCAUUCACAUCGUCGGGAUUCGAAGACGUUAAAUGGUGGAGUUUAUUGUUUUUUUUUAGUUUUCAUUUCUAUAUUUCAUUUUUUUUGGAAUUGUAAAUAGAUUUAAAAGUGCUUGUAAGGUAUGAUAAUGGUUGCUAGAACCAGCACAUGUACCGGAGUAAGUACAUACCGGUGCAUUAAUAUGUGAUCGGUAUGGUUGAUGUUACAGUAGAUUAGUGUUCGACCAGUCGGCCAUGGCUGCAUAUUCAGUGUUCUUAUGGUAGAAACUCUACCGGCGACAUAUAUUAACAAUAUCCCACGGUAGAAAAUGGUCAUAUAUGAUAUUGAUUUUUGUAAAAAAAAUUCAACUUUGUACUGACACAGUUAUGUAUAUUUAUGCAAUUUAUGGACUACAUUUGUAGCCAUAUCAAUGAUAGCCUUUGUAAAUCCAUCUGAUCUGUUUAGAUAUACUUCAGCUGCUGUUAAAAGUUGUUGGUAUAGUUUAACAUAGAUGAAAUGUUAUUUUUGCCAUAAAAGCAUGAAAUCAAAUAAAAUUACGAACUAUACACAAAAUCCUUUAAUCGUUUAUUUACUAAAAAUCUUCCAAUAUAUUACAAGAUCUAAAAAUGGUUCUAUUUACGUUUGCAUUAAAAUUUUGUAUGUUAAGUUUGCCGCGAAUUUAAAUACUAUUAUAAAAUGUUUAUAUUUAACUUAAUUUGUCCCAACACACCUAUUUGACCUUAAAAUUGUAAUUUUUCUCAGUCUCGUUUUACUUAUUCUAAUCCUAUGUUAGUGUCACUCGAGUGAAAUAAAUGGUUAAAUAUGGUUUU